AUGAGCAGUCGUGGCGGAGGCGGACGUGGUGGCAGGGGUGGCCAUAGGCGGCCCCCUCCCCGCAUCUUUGACUGCCAGUUCCAUGUCAAAGACUGCUACGGCGAAUCCAUUGAGGACAUUGACGUCGUUCCCCAGGUCGGUUUCGAACCCGGCCCGAUCAAUCGUCGCGGCUUCGACGUCGUGAGCAUGAUGUUCUGCAUGCACUACGCCUUUGAAAGUGAGGAGAAGGCUCGAACGAUGCUACGCAACGAGAAGAAGAGGCUGAAGGAAGAGAACCCCGAGCCACCCGCCGAGGCCGAGGACGGUGAACUGGAGGAGGGUGAGGCUGAGGAGACCGCCGAAUGGGGCAACAGCAUCUACCGUGUCCGAUUUCCCGGCAAGACCCCCGAAGACGGUAUCUUCCGUCCUGCGUUCGGCUGGAAGUACAACUUCUUCCUCGACGAAGCUGUGGAGGAGGUUCCCGAGUACGUCGUGCCGUGGGAGGCGUUCCGUGCUCUGGCCGAAGAUUUCAACCUCGAGCUGCAGUACCAGAAAAACUUCAUGGAUGUCUGGAACAGUGAGAAGGAUGACCCCACGCUCGGUCCAUUGAGUGAGAGGAUGGGUGUGAGGGAGCGCGGCGGCGGUGACCUCCUGGUUUCGCCAGACGAGCAGGAAGCUGCGAGCUUCUAUAUUGCCUUCUGCUUCUACAAGGUCUAG